UUUCACAGAAGUGUGAUUGACUUGGAGUUACAUUGUGUUGUUUAAGUGUUCCCUUUAUUUUUUGGAGCAGUAUAUGAUCAGUGUGCAAGAUGACCGUAACAGGAAGCAGACAUACUUCCUAAAGAUCCGGAAAAGCAUCGGGGAAUAAAAACAGUUGCACAAUCAAUUUUUUGUUUUUGUUGGAGUGGACAUGUUUUGUAUUUCUCCAUUUAUUUCUAGAAACAUCGGCAUUUUUUUUAGAGACAUACGACUAAUUCAUUGACCUAACGUUAGCAUAAAUUUUCGACCAUGGGCCGCAGUAGAUCGCGCGACAGUUCCGCUGAUACGAGCAGACAAGGCAGAGGAAGAAAAAAAACAUCCAAAAAGAAAAAGCGAAGACGUUCCUCUUCAUCCUCGUCCAGCAGCAGUGCAAGUCCGACCCCUUUAAAGAAAGCCUCACAUUCUCUCAGCAAGAACCAAGCUGGGAAAGAAGGGAAGAAAAAAUGAAAAGUUCCUCAUCUUCCUUGUCAAGCUCUUCAUACUCAUCGUCCUCCUCAAGUGAUGAAAAGGCCAAGAGGGAGGAAAAAAUGAAAAAAAUUCAAGAAGUUAAAAAAGAAAAGAAAGUUGAAGAAAGAGAUGAAAUUGGAGAAGAAGAAAAAAUAUGAAGUUAAAGCAAUUGGAAGAAAGCAGAGCAUCCCUGCUUGUAGAUGUGAUGCCCCCUCCAGACCCCCCUCAGCCUCUAGGCAGUGCCCCCAGCCCUUCCUGGAGCUGUGGCAGACUGGUGAUAGCACAGAAGAUCACGGACCAGCAAUGACAGAUGAGCAGAAAGCCAGGCUAUCCACCAAGAGGCCCCUAACGAAGGAGGAUGAGGCUAAGCAGAGUGUCAUCCGCAGGGUGGUAGAUCCUGAGACUGGACGCACCAGGCUGAUAAGGGGAGAAGGAGAGAUCAUUGAAGAGAUUGUCAGUAAAGAGAGACACAAAGAGAUCAACAAGCAAGCCACAAAGGGAGACAGAAACUCCUUUCAGAAGAAACUAGGAUGGAACAGGUAGAGGAUCACCCCUGAUGCCAAUGUUAUGGUAGAAAGGAGGAAGGAGCCAUUUAUACUAUUCUGUAUAGAUGGGACAGGAGAAUAAAACUCCAGUGAAUAUUUGGCUGUGACAUGAUCACUACAUGUAUCGAAAAUGAAAGUGAAAAACAACCCUUUCUGUGCAUAUCGAUGACUGUACUGUGACUCAAUCAUAUGAUGUUUGGUCACACUUUAAAUAAAGUUUGGCCAGACUUUACAUUUAAUUGCUCAUAUUAAAUGUAAUAACAUUUAGAUUUUACUUGACCAGCAACCUUUCAUCACAAUUCACUUUGGACUUUCUCUGAAUGCAACUUCAGAAUGGUCAUGACGGCCUGACUGUCAAUGUUUUAUUAUUCAAUCCCAUUAUACAUGCAUUCAAACUGAACCCAAAAACCCAAGUCAACUGUGUAAUGCUGUUUACUUUAUAGUUUUUUACCAUGUACACUGAACAAAAAUAUAAAUGCAACAUGUAAAGUACUGGUCUUGUGUUUUAUGCACUGAAAGACAAGAUCCCCAAAAUUUUCCAUAUGCACAAAAAGCUUAUUUAGCUCACAUUUUGUGCAAAGAUUUGAUUACAUCCCUGUUCGUGAGCAUUCUAUCCUUUGUCAAGAUAAUCCAUCCACCUGACAGGUGUGGCAUAUCAAGAAGCUGAUUAAACAGCAUGAUCAUUACACAGGUGGGAACAAUAAAAGGCCACUCUAAAAUGUCCAGUUUUGUAACAACACAAUGCCACAGAUGUCUCAAGUUUGAGGGAGCAUGCAAUCGGCCUGCUGUGACUGCAGGAUGUACACCAAAACUGUUGCCAGAUAAUAUAAUGUUAAUUUCUCUACCAUAAGCCACCUCCAAUGUCAUUUUAGAUAAUUUGGCAGUACGUCCAACCAGCCUCACAACCGCAGACCACAUGCUAGCCCAGGACCUCCACAUCCGGCUUUUUAACCUGUGGGGUCGUCAGUAAUAAAGCCACUUUUGUGGGGAAAAACUCAUUCUGAUUGGCUGGGCCUGGCUCCCCAGUGGGUGGGCCUAUGGCUCCCAGGCCCAUCCACACCUGGGCCCCUGCCCAAUCAUGUGAAAUCCAUAGAUUAGAGUCUAAAGAAUAUAAGUAAAUCAGUCAAAUGAAAUACAAACUCAGCAAAAAAAGAAACACGCCUUUUUCAGGACCCUGUCUUUCAAAAGAUAAUUCAUAAAAAUCCAAAUAACUUCACAGAUCUUCAAUGUAAAGGGUUUAAA